UGAGCAGGUUUCAUUGCUGAUGUACCGGGCCGUGUUCCGGUGACGUCAGCGUCUAACAUGUCGGAUUAAAAACGUCCUGUCUGCUCCUCACCUGUCCAUGUAAAACACCUGCACGUGCAGCGUCACGGCGACACGAGUCGAAGAAGUCAAAAUGCUUUCUCCUCGCGCCCCUCUGUCCGUGCAGACCGGAAACACCGUCAGCAGUGAGAUGAGCAACAUGUCGCUGGACAAAGAGAACACGCCUCCGAGCCUGAACUCGACCCGCAUCUUGGCGUCUAAAACCGCGCGAAAAAUCUUGGCGGAUCCUGCGCCCAAAGCUGUGAAGAAGAGCGAGGAGGAGGAGCCUCUCCUGAAGGAAAACCCUCGCCGCUUCGUCAUCUUUCCCAUCCAGUACCACGACAUCUGGCAGAUGUACAAGAAGGCCGAGGCGUCCUUCUGGACCGCAGAGGAGGUGGACCUGUCCAAGGACCUGCAGCACUGGGAGUCUCUGAAGGACGAGGAGCGGUACUUCAUCUCUCACGUGUUGGCGUUCUUCGCCGCCAGUGACGGCAUCGUCAACGAGAACCUGGUGGAGCGCUUCACACAGGAAGUUCAGGUGACGGAGGCGCGCUGUUUCUACGGUUUCCAGAUCGCCAUGGAGAACAUCCACUCAGAGAUGUACAGCCUGCUGAUCAACACCUACAUCAGGGAGCCCAAAGAGAGAGAAUACCUGUUCAACGCCAUCGAGACUCUGCCGUGCGUGAAGAAGAAGGCCGACUGGGCGAUCAACUGGAUCGGCAACAAGAGCGCCAACUACGGAGAGCGCGUGGUGGCCUUCGCCGCCGUGGAGGGAAUCUUCUUCUCUGGUUCCUUCGCUGCCAUCUUCUGGCUGAAGAAGAGAGGCCUGAUGCCCGGCCUGACCUUCUCCAACGAGCUCAUCAGCAGAGACGAGGGUCUGCACUGCGACUUCGCCUGUCUGAUGUUCAAACAUCUCGUCAACAAGCCGUCGACAGAAACCGUCACCAACAUCAUCAAGAACGCCGUGAAGAUCGAGCAGGAGUUCCUGACGGAGGCUCUGCCGGUGAAGCUGAUCGGGAUGAACUGUGAGCUGAUGAAGCAGUACAUCGAGUUUGUAGCUGACCGGCUGAUGCUGGAGCUCGGCUUCUCCAAGAUCUACCGGGUGGAGAACCCGUUCGACUUCAUGGAGAACAUUUCUCUGGAGGGAAAGACCAACUUCUUCGAGAAGCGGGUCGGAGAGUACCAGAGGAUGGGCGUCAUGUCCGGACCCACGGACAACACCUUCAGGCUGGACGCAGACUUCUGAGGGCCGAGCUGGACCGAGCCGGGCCGAGCUGGACCGAGCUGGACCGAGCCGGGCCGAGCCGUUCGCAGUGUGGCGGACUGCAGGAGGACACUACAGGAAGUGGUUUCACCUGACGGUGGACAUGGUUAUUUAUCUGACGGGUGGUUGGAUAAUCAAUGAGCUCUUCAGCCAAUCAGACGGCGGCAGGGGGCACUGCAGCCCGAGGAUCCGCCCACAAACUGCUGAGUCAUCAAACAGAACUCUGUUUGGAUCAGAACCUGCUUUUAUUCUGGACUUUUAUGAAUCUGCUACAUUAGUACGUUUUAUAACAGCACGUGUUUUUAUUGUUUUAGUUUCUUCUAAUAAAUUUAAAACUGAA